AACAAAUAUGGCGGCCGCUCUGAGGUGUGUUUACGAUAAUUCGAACAUGUUUCUUCAAGACGGUUCGAUUACGCCGCUUCCAAAGCCUUACUUACCUUCAAUACCGCCUGCAAAAACGCAGAAAAAGUCUUACAGCAGGUUUAUACAUGAAGCACCUUGGCUGGCUUUAUCUGGGACAAAAUAUGACACUAAACCUCCCCCUAAGGCCCCGUCUAUUCCAAAGUGUCAAAAACGGGCUCUAGUUGGUCUGACCAAUCGUUGGCGAAUACCCGAGAAUGUUGCUUCCGAUUUACUCGGCUCUUCACAAGCUAUGAAGUCUGUGUUUGUGCCUUACAAUGAGAGUUCAGAGUCGAUACUUUCCGCGGAUUACACGAGAACUUCUUUUAACCACACGGCACCACAACUGUCGCGAUCUUCACACAAAGACGUGGCGAUGACCGACGUUCCCGCCAUUGGAAGCAGGGACCAUCUACGAACGGCACCAGCUGACAUGUUAAACUGUGAACAUCGAAAUUCUCGUUGGCAGGCAAACAAUCGUGUGUCGCGAAGCCAGGGGAGGAGUUCAGAUCUCAAGACUCAAGUUCAACAAGUUCGUUUCAACAAAAGUGUUCCUCCCUUAGCGGCUCACGAACCCACUCCAAUGGAACUGUUCCUCUAUCACUCACAGGCCACGACGUGUGCACGAGGUGCAGAUGUGAUUCUGUACGCGCUGGGCACUGCAUGGGAACUGCACAAGCCAUAUUUUCAAAAGUCCGGUUUGCUAAAGAGAAUGGUAAAGGAGGCAAAUGAACAAUCUUUGGUUGCGGAAAUGAUGUCAGACAGCGACAACGAGACAUUGGAAAAACAAGCACCAAGUCGCUCAGCAGUUGAUCUUCAUGCGGUCAAGAGUGCCGUGGGGGUGUCCAUACCCACGGAAGAAAAGGCCUCGGCGUUAAAACUUGUACGUACACCAUCGUUUGGACAUGCGAUGGUUCUUAAACUGAAGGUGAAAGACCCGCUGUUGACGAAACAAGCUUUUGCUUUGGCGCUCGGCUCGUUAUACGUGGAUCACGUGAAAAUGGACGACACAGAUGUUGUUGGAGUGCUUGCCGCAGCUAAUCUCUUGGAAUUUGGAGAACUGAAGAAAACUUGUGUCGACGCAAUGCUGAAAACGAUUUCGGCCUCGACUGUUUGUGCCUACCACAGCGUCGCCACAAAGUACAAACAGCUCACGGUGAUCGAUGCUUGUGAAAGAUGGCUGGAGCUAAAUCUUGUACCACAGCUCUCCCUGCAAAUCUAUCUCAGUCAUCUUCGUCAGGAAGUCCUCGAGAAGCUGUUGAAAUCAAGCAGGUUGUUCACUUGGAAUGAGUAUUCGCUGUACAAAGUUCUUGCUUUUUGGAUCUUUCUUCACCAACAUCCAAAAUUACGCGUUAUGCCAUCCUGGGGCAGCGUAGUAACUUGGUUUAUGAGUCUUUCGAAGACCAGUGCAUUUCUUGAUCGAGCUGAGGGUCAGGGAUACACUGGCUUACUGCGGUCUCUAAGACUAAUAUCUAUCACUGAUAGUAUACAUCUUGACGAAAUUUACAAGAUGAACAUCAUACCUCAUGCCUGGCUUCUCCAUAUUUACAGUCAAAAUUACCACGCUCUCCAAGGCGGUGGUGGUGAUAUGUCUUUGUUGACAAAAUUCGAUCAAGGUGCUGUUCGAGCUGGGUUCAUUUUAGACCAGCACAUUCAUUAUCAUUCAAGUAUGUUGUCCCUCCACGGUUUUCACUUUGAACUAAAGGCAACCCAAGAGGAAGAUGGCCGACAUUUGUUUUAUCUACAGAGGUUACGUCCCGAUGAUCCGAUGUCCUACAGUACAACCGCGCGUCAUACGUUCUCGCUAAGACAAGACAGGGAGGUUCGUUACAGUAUUCGCGUCCAAUGGGAAGAGGACAAUGCAACGCAAGUUUAUUCCAGCGGAAUACUCAGCCAGGCGUUCGGUUUUGAUGCAAAAACAAAUAGGAGUGAGGUGAUAACUUUACGUGAUCUUCCAUCGCCUGUCUAUGUUACCUUCUCUCUCGUGUUUCCAACGUCAUAACAGUAAAGGGACUAGAAACGAGUUUUCUAGCAAGCUAUUGUAUUUAUGUACAUAACAAUAUAUAUAUUACUGUUUCAAACCAUAAUUU